AGCCAGCCAGUGAAGCGAUUCCGCUUUCCACUCACUCAACAAGAGGUGGGGCUUUUUAACUGCAAACUUAUUCCGCUGCCCCCUCUGUGCACAAAGCCCAGUGUGCACACUCUGCUCCUCCGAUUCCACGCCGGGACGACGGAUCUUUUCCGCUUUGAAACUUGAGCCAACUUGCGUGCAACCCGCGUGCAAGCCUUCCGUGGACUGUUUUCGUCUUUUUUCUCCACUGAGAACGGCCGAGGUUGCUUUUUCUUUUUCUUUUCUGCCCCCACCACCGCUGUGGGUCUUCCCAGCAAAUAGUCGUACCCCGAGAGCACAAGUAGGGGGACCAGUCGAGGACGAGCCAGCGGGAAGAGGUCCGGACACUUGAAGGCACCAUGAGCAGGAAAACGGUUAACCUUGAUACAUACAGCCUGUCACUGCUCACGGCCAAGGAGGACAUCCUAAACCAUCGCUCCUCCACUAACUGGGCUUUAUUCGUAUACGAAGGACUCACCAACAAGCUCAAACUAGCGGACUCAGGAGUGGGCGGUGUUGCAGAGUUGGCCGGCAAGUUCCAUGCAUCCAAGCCACAAUAUGGACUGUGCAGAGUGGGAAGUGCAGAAACAGGAGGCCCCCGCAUUGCUAUGAUUGCCUGGGUCGGUGAACACGUGGAAGAAUACCGAAGGACAGAAUGUGCCGGACACAUUCCAGCCAUCAAACACUUCUUCAAGGAGGCGCACACAUUCAUCAGUGCGCACGAAGCAGAUGAUGUGACAGAGGAGAAAAUAAGAGCUGAGCUCAGCAAGACCCAAGCGCAUCCUCAGUGGACCAAGAAGAGCGCUAGGUUCUCAGAAAGGGAGGACAUAGUUGGUACAAACUACAGGAAGACAAAUGCUGCAAUGGAGAUGAGACUUAUCAACAGAGACUCCUUUUGGGCACGUGCAGAGCGAGAAGAAGAACUGAGGAAGGAAGAGGAGAGGAGACGAGCUGUUGAUGAGAGACGGCGGCUCGAAAGAGAACGUGUUUUGAAGGAACGGCAGGAAUCAGAAGAGAGGGAUCGAAAAAUGAAUGAGAAACUACAGAUGAUAGAAGAGCAAAGACAAAAACAGGCAGAACAAGAGGAAGAGCUGCGGAGAAAGGAAAAAUUUAGAUGGGAGCAACAGCAGAGAGAGCAUGAGGAGGACAUGAGGGCUCAUCUGAGAAGGAGCGAGUCCAUUGAGAAGGCUGCUGAGGCAGCAGUGUUGGUGUCCCAACGGUCCAUGAACCCUCGGGAGUUCUUCAGGCAACUGUCAUCAUCGUCCUCACGAAGUCCAACCAGCCCUGGAUCUUCCCGUGCUGGCAAACCAUUCAGACGAUACCAGCGCAGCCUGACUGACACCGCUUUCAUCUUCUCCAAAGCACAGGACAACACGCCACCCUCCCCACUCAACUCUCCCCUCAUCUCCCCCUUUUCCCGGGCUUCUCCAUCCCCCAUCAGUGCCAGGUCACCUCCUGCAAGCCCCAUUUUUUGUCCUGUCCUCUCUCCGACCGGGACCAAAGUCCCACAUGCGUCACCGCCCACGUCCCCGCUCCAUCGUGCCCCUCCGACUUCAGCCCCAGUGCCUAUCGUGUCCCCUGCUAGCCAGCAGCAUGUUGUUGAGACCAAAGCUCCAUCACCCACAGAGCCUUCUGCACCGCCAGUCUCUAUGAAUCUGGAAGCUUCCUCAUUCUUUGGCUCGGAAACAAGUAAUCCUUCUGAGUCGCUCCCCGGGGUUCUGCCAUCCUCACCCCCAAAUACUCCAACUGAACCAGAGUUCUCCACUUUCUGCUAUGAAGGUCCACCUCCACAGCGUCCAUCAUCUCCCCAACCUGAGAUACCGCCACUUAACACAGACUUUCCUACAUCCUUGUUUGUGCAUACUGACACUGGCUACAAAGCACAAGCUGUACUGCUAGAAGUAGAGGAGGAGGAAGAGGAUGUGGCAGUGAAUGAAGAGGAGGAAGAAGAUGUGCGAGAGAAUGAGGAGAACGUAAACAUAGAGGAGAAGGAAGAGGAGAAACCUGAAGUACAGACGCAAACUUCUACAUCCAUGAAUGAACAAGUCCAGGUUGAGUCAGAGGAGCAGGUGCAGGUGAAGGAGGAGCAGAUGGUGCAGGAGGAAGAGUCAGAGCAGGAAGUCGAGCUUGCGUCCCCAGAGGAAACAACUCAAGACAUGUGUGGCGAUGAAAAGGAGGUCAAUGAAGAAAGGGAGCAUAAUGACCAAUUUGACGACCGUCAGAGCCUUAGCGAUCUUCCGGAAAAAGAUGAAAAGUCCAAGCUGACAGGUCAAACCUCAAUUUCAGGCGAGGACCGCAUUUGUCAGACCAUUAAGCUCGAGACUGUGGUCCUGCCAAGCAAUGGCUUCACAAAUGGAGAAGAGAACGGCAUUGGGAGAUCUCUGAGCCCGUCUGAUGCUGAAAUCAGCUCACCAGAGCUGAGCGGGUGUUAUGAACUUCACAACGCUGCGGAGAGCGAUGACAUUGGCGAAGAGAAUGAGAUGUCAGAAAAUCGACAAGAGAUUUUAGCGGUGCAACAAAUGUGUGUCAGAGCUCUCUACGACUACCAAGCAGCGGGUUUUCACAGUAUAUUAUCUUGCGGUUGCCACAGAGGACGACUCUGAGAUCUCUUUUGAACCUGGUGACAUCAUCCGGGACGUGGAAACGGUGGAUAAAGCUUGGUGGAGGGGGUGGAGCAAAGAUGGCCGGCAAGGCUUGUUCCCUGCCAAUUAUGUGGAGCGCAUAUAGCAUGCACACACACACACACACACAUGUUCACACCCUCAGGGACGCCGUUAUCCCUCGCAAUUUAAUCACUGUCUUCCCACCAAAUCUUUGGAUUUGUCAAAGUGUGAAGAAGAUUGUGUGUAUUUUCAUGUCCGUUGUUUGUAAAAAAUAUCUAUACAAUAUUUUUACACAUUACCGCUUACAAAACCUCAUAUUCUCAGAAAAAACAGUCAGGACCUUUUUUUUGUGGGCGGGGGACCAGAAUGUUUCAUCAAAGAAUGUUGGUGGGCAGGAUCACAUCACAAUUACAAAUGAUCACAAACUUGCUUUUCCUUGUAAGAUUGUACAAUAUUAUUGUGUUUUAUGUAUGUAUGUAUGCGUGUGUGUGUUUUAAUUCAACAUAUCAUAAGCAUCUGGUUUUCAUUACUCAAACAUUACUGCUCUUAACUUUACAGUGUAUAAUCAAGAUGUACGUGUACGUACACUUCAACUUAUAAUCAAAUGCCCAACUUUCCUGAGAUAUUUUACAGCACUAUAUUUGUUACUGACAGCCUUUCAUAUCUUGAUUAACUGCUGCGGAAAACAACAGCAGGGUUGAAAGCCUCCACAUUUGCCUGUAUCCAUCUUUGAAACAAUGCUGUUUUUUGUUGUCAUGGGGAUGUCUAUACUUGCAUCGUUUGAUUAAGUUCUUUUGUUCCCCCUGGAUUUUAAUUAAGCCGUGUAACACAGAAGAUAUACAGGAAAACAUCUUCAUUCUAUAAUCAGUUGAAAUAUAAUCAUAUACUGUAUAUAAAAAUGUAUAGCAACAACUAAUGUUUAAUUUUUUGGUUGUGUUUUGUAUGUUCUUUGGUUAUUUGCUUUGUAUUUACUCCAGACUUACAAAAAUAGAGCAUCCACAAACAUUUUAUUAAAGUGUUCCUGUC